UGGAUUUCCAGGCAUGCCGCCUUUCCCAGGUAUGGGAGGUCCUCAGGGAGGCAGAAAGAGGGGUAUAUGUCAUGAUUAUCAGAGAAAGGGUUACUGUAUGCGCGGUGAUACCUGCCCCUACGAUCAUGGCAUGGAUGCCAUCUCAUUGGGCAAGCAAGAUGAGGAAUAUGAUCCUUCAGCAAACUUGGUGUUCGCGGGUGCUGCCCGAGGCGGACGCGGUGGUGCUCGCGGUGGUGCUCGCGGCGGACGUGGAGGUUCAAUGCCUGGAAGGACAGAGUUCCGUCGCGGAGAACAGGAGGACAAGACCAUUACUACCCUGGUCGUUGACAACGUUCCCGAGGAUAAGCAUGAUGUCGACUCAAUCAAGGAGUACUUUUCCCAGUUUGGUACAGUCGAGGAAGUCAACCUUGAAGGUCGGAAGCGUGCUUCUAUCAAGUUCCCGGACUGGGAUACUGCUAAGAAGGCUUGGUCGGAUCCCGCGCCCAUCUUCCACAACCGCUUUGUCAAGGUGUACUGGAAAAAGAGCGAAAACGAGUCUACAGAUGGACGGCCACCUAAGCCGGAGGAACCGCCCAUCGACAUGGAGGAGGUCAAGAGGAAGGCUGCAGAGGCUCAGAGACUCUUCGAAGAGCGCAAAGCCAAGAAAGCGGAGAUGGAACAGAGAAGGCUCGAACUCGAGAAGCAAAAGGAAGCUUUCCUCACCAAGCAGUCCGCUGAACAGAAAGCACUCAUGGAAAGAAUCAAGGCUGCCGGAGCUACCGCUGGUGCCGCGACUGCGGAAGGAACGGCGGCGGAGGUGGACGAGGAUGAGAUGGCAAUUGAGACUGAGCAGAAGCCGGAGGGCCAGAGCGAAGCUUUGAAGGCGCAACUAGCGGCUUUGCAGGCCGAGGCCGAGGCAUUGGGUGUUUCAGUAGAAGAUGCGCCCGAGGGUUCAUACCGCGGCCGAGGGCGUGGUCGUGGACGGGGCGGUUCGUACCGCGGAGGCUUCGACCCAUCCUUCCGUGGUCGAGGCCGUGGACGUGGGAGGGGUGGGUUCGUCGGUGGAGGCUCCAUGAAGCUCGAUAACCGCACCAAGAAGGUAGCCAUUGGCAAUCUCGCUGGAGAUAAGGAGGAAGCUUUGAGGGAGUACCUUUUUACUGUUGGUGAAUAUGAGAAUGUCGAGAGGGAUAGCACCGGAAAGCAAGUUGUCACCUUCAAGGACCGCCGCACUGCCGAGAAAUUCAUGGCAGUAGCAAGCAAGGAGAUUCCCAAUGUCGGCAGCGUGGAGCUGACCUGGGUCAACCCACCUCCGAGACCUGCCAAUAGCAUGCCCAGUGCGUUUUCCACCACGCCCAGCGCCGUGCAGACUUUGCCGUCAGAGGAGUUCCCUGGCAUGGAUGCAAGAAUGGAUGGAGAUGAAAGGAUGUACUAUGAUGAGGAUGAGCAAAUGGCGUAAAUCUGAACAUGCCUGGCUAAACAUGUGUGAGUUAAUGAUUGAACAGUUAUAGUUUAUGGACUUGAUUAUGGUAUGAUAUAUUGAAAGGAGUUCUCUUGGGUGCCGUACAUGUUGUGCCUUUGCCCCAUGCUUCGCUGCCUCGCCCGUGCCUUCAGUGACGUCUAUC